UUUGGUUGUUGGCCGAUAUAUUUGUUUGAACCAAAAAUUUCGUAUUUGCGGACUACGAACUGUUUGUCAUCAAAGUUAACAACAAAAGCGAACGUACGUUUUGCAGUUAUGCCUGUGUUGUUGUCUUCGCGUGCGCCAUACGUUUCGCGGAUUUACCGUUAGUUCGAAAAGAGAGUGAAGCGAAAGUGCAAAAAGGAAUAAACGAAUUUAAUGAAAAGUUCUUUAAGGAAACACAAACAAAAAAAGUGCCCGAAAAUCGUGUGACACACUUAAGGCCCUGGCCAGCCCCCGGCUUCGACGGACGGACAGACGGGCGGCGGUCGUCUCCAACUAAUUGCUGACACACAUAAUUUCCCUAACUGGCGGAACACAAGAAAACGCCGCAAAAAGAGAGCAAAAUUGAAUUUACGGUCCCGACCUUAACUAAUUUAAUGAUCAAAAGUUAUACAGUUUUUUUUCGCGCUUACUCUGUGCUCUGUGCUCGGUGUUAAUUGAAAGUGUCACGCGUCGUCCAAAUUAUAAUUCCCCCCAUCGACUGGUGCCCAUUUAUCGUGUUGUAUGAGUGUCUGUGUGUCGAUUGCAACCUGUAUGAGAAGUGGCUCAAAGUGAGAAAAGAAAUGUGCCCGAUUGUGUGGCUGGUAUUAAUGGUCGCGGGGGCGGCCCAGGCGGCGACACCCUUUGCUAAGGAGUACCGCAGCGCGGGUCUCUUCAAGGGCAACACCCUCGUCGAUUUGGAUGGCUCCACCACCCUGGACAUGGCCAUGGAGAAGCCAACGAGCAGCAGUGGCCUCCAGACGGGAGGCUUCAAGGCGGAAUCGUCGGUGAUUUUGCCGGGCAUCCAUUUGAGUUCAGGCUGCCCCGCGUCGACGAGCUCCCACUGCCUGCGGUGCAACAAGGCCGGCUGCAUCAAGUGCCCCAUGUACCUGGUCACCGACAGCCGCCAGUGCGUGGACCAAUGCCCCGCCGGCUACCUGGACCAGUGGUCGGCGCACACGGAGUUCAUGGGUCGCGUGUGUGUGCCCAACGGCUACUCCGGGCCCCUGAUGGCCGCCCUGGCCGGCCUGCUUGGCGGCUUCCUGGUGUGCCUCUCCCUGCUGGCCGUGGCCGUGAUGCUGGUGCGGCGCAAGCGGCGCAGGAAGUCCGUCAAGCAGAAGCUCAUCAACGAGAACACCAUGGACCGGGCGGACUUUAUGCGGCAGCUGAACGAGAUGCGACCCAAUGCCGAGUACUUUCUGGCCAUGCUGAACGACACGCGGCGCCAGAUCCGGAAGCUCUACUUGUCCGGCGAGGUGGCGGCGGCCAAUUCGUACCGGCCCAUUGUCCGGGACCUGGCCAAGCUGCUGAUUCUGCUGAAUCGGCCCAUCGAGCUGAUUCCCACGCCGCCGCACGACUGGUCGCGGCUGCACGCCUGGUCGGAGCAGGCCCUGGAGCGGUACAAGCCGCAGGUGGGCCAACUGAUUGACUUCUUCCAGGCCUCGCAUGGCGGAGGCCUGCGUGGCGGCCACCAGGAGGUGCUCUAUGCAGCACCCACCAAGAAGUCGCAGGCGAGCAUCUUCAGGCACCAGCAGGUGACACCAGUGUCGUCGGCGCCCCAUGGGGUGGCCGGCGACCUGCUGGCGGGCGAUCGCAACAGCAGCGCCUCCGCCCAGCAGAAGCUGCAUCUGUUCGGAUCGCUGAUCAGCCUGCACGAGUUCGAGGAGCCGCGCGCCUCGGACCCCUUCGGCAGCAGCUUCAACACGCUGAAGAGCGGCAAUCUCAUUUCGGAUCUCAACGCCAGCUCGCUCUGGCUGGAGGAUGAGUUCUACAAGCUGGGCUUUCGACCGCAGGACGAGAUCACCACGGAGCUGUAGGGUGACCUGAGGGUGAGCU